AUGGGGAAAGGCUUCGUUUUAUUUCAGUUUGAGUUGGAAGGAGAUAUGUCUGCCAUUUGGAGAAGGAAACUAAUCAAGGUUAGAGGACAAUUUAUUCGCUUCCAACGUUGGAAACCAGAUUUUGAUGUGCAUGCGGUGAACAACCCAACCAAACUGGUGUGGAUCAGAUUUCCAGGCCUUCUCCUGGAAUACUGGUAUGAGAAGAUCCUGUUGACAAUGGCUAAAGGGGCAGGAAGACCUGUGGCCCUGGACAGACGCACCAGAUCGGCGGCAAUGGGGAAUUUUGUGCGCGUUCAGGUAGAAGUGAUAAUUGGGGAUAAAAGGGUGGAAGAGAUUCAGGUGGAAAGAAAGCAACCAGGAACGGGGGAGGUUUUUUGGUUUAAACAAUUGAUCAUAUAUGAAGAUGGGUUAGCCAAAUGUGGUUUUUAUAAAAAAAUCGGGCACGCUUUGUUCCAAUGCAGAGAGAAGAAGGAGGUGGAUGCUCGAGAUACUGGGGCGGCGGCCAUGGUGAAUGAAGGUGGUGCAAGGAGGAGAUCCAGCUCAGAGGGCAGUGGUUUGGGUGAAGGAUUUGUUUCCAAUUUGGGUAGAAAUCUUACCCAUAUGAGGUAG